AAAAAAAAUGUAGACGAAGAGAGAAGAGUUGAGGGAGAGCAAGAAGGGGUUUGGGGUUCUUGGAUGCAAACUGCAAAGCUCAAAAGCGACGUCGUUUAUUACGUCCAACUGAAGCUCCCAUAGCCGGAGUCCCUCUGCUUUCGGCCAACCUCAAAGCAUCGAACAAUGGGAGCUGUCAAAUUGAAUCUUCGUUGUUCUUCGCAACGAGUCGAUGGCGUUGCCGCUGAACCCGAACCUGAUUGGACCUUCGACGAUCUUGUUUCGGAACUCAACGCUUUGGAGACUAAGCUCGCCACUAAUGCUUCUUCUUCCACCCAACGUUCUUCACCUCUCGAUAAAUCAAUAUCGAAGUGUGGGAAAGAAAUCCAGAGAGGUAGGGCUUUCGUGUUGCGUGCCGACGAGUUUGACAUGGAGGACUCAGAGAGCGACGAUGAUGAUCAUGUUGACAGGGCUUUGGUAGUAACUGACAGUGGCAAACGGUUCACCUGUGAUGAACUUUAUCUGAGUGUCAGUGAUGAUGAUUCUGACAUUGCCUCUGGUUUUGAAGUGAGACCCUACUUGAUGGAUGAAUUGGGAGAGGUCGAAGGUGCCUUGUUGGAGUUGACACAUGAACAUCAGCUUAGGGUUAAGGAUGAAAUAAGGAACAAGAUCUCGGCAUUGGAGACAGCUCUGGUGAAUGAAACUCAGAAUUCUACUUCUUCCUUUCUUCGGGUUGAGAAAUAUAAAGAAACAAGGCUGGACUUGGAUAAAAAGUUUGACACUCAAUAUCAGCGUCGGAUUGCAGAAGCACUUGAUAAUCACUUGACAGCUGUUCAACGGGACCGUGAACUUAGAUCACAAAUAGAAGAAAGGAAAAUAAGAAGUGAUGCAGCUUAUGAAGAGGCCAAGAGAAAGGUUGCUUUUGAAAAGCAGCAGCAAGAAAAGGCUAAAGCUGAAGCAGAGGCCAAACUUAGAGCUGAGGAAGCAAAACGAGAAGCUGAGAGCAAAGCAGCAAUGGAGGCCAAGAAACAGGCAGCAAUUGAAGCUGAAAAAAGCGCAGCAGUAGAAGCUGAAAGAAGAGCAGAAAAGGAAGCUACUGAAACUUCCAAAAGAGUUACUUCUGGAGGGACCCAACAAGCUACUGCCCAUCCAACAGGUACUGCAUCAAGCCUAUCCAAUGCUGAAACCAAGGAAUCUGGUAAUUUAUAUCGAGCUGCAGCAAAUGCUUUGAAUUUAGAACAGUGGAGACUGCAGAAACUGAAAGAGCUAUGUGAGGGGAACCAAAUGAUAAGAUCAAGUUAUAAUGAGGAUUGUACCCGCCACGAGGGUCGCAUUUCCCGGAAUAUAAGACAAAUAAGGGGCAUAAGUGACAAUGUUAGGUCAAAAGCAAGUGAACUCACUAAACUUUUGAGUCAUCCUCAAUCUUUUCAAUCAAUCAGCAUUGAGAUAUUUGCUAAAAAGGUUGUUGCAUACUGUGCAAACCCCGCUAAUGUGCCCUUUGCAAGUGCCUAUGUCAUUGUUCUUGUUACAUCUCAGGUCCCACAUGCUAUGGAUAUUUUACUAGCUGAGCUUCACAGGGCUUGCAUAUAUACUGUCCCAAAGCACCUGGUUUACAAGAAGUCUGCCUAUCAAUCAAAAGAGGCAUACUUCAGAAGUAUUGGCUAUCGAGAAGAUGAUGGAAAGAUGGAGAGUACGGAAGAUUAUUUAAAGCGGUUAGAAUCAUACAUGAAGAUGUAUGGUGCACUGGUUCAGACUGAAAUUACAAACUGUCAAAAUUUUCACGGCUUGAAAGAAGGUUGGGCAUGGCUUGCAAGGUUCUUGAAUACACACCCAGCAAAUCAAUACACAGCUGUUUCGCUUAAUGCAUUCUUGCAAAUGGCUGGAUUUGCUCUCUAUAACAGAUAUAAAUCUCAAUUCUUAAAGAUGCUGAACGUCGUCUCUGAGAACUUUUUAGUUGAUCUGAAAUCACAGAAUAUACCAGAAUUGGCGAGGACAGUUACGGAGAUACAGACUUACAUAGACGAUAAGAAGUUCCUUCAAGAGCCAGAAGGAAGAAGCCUGCAGUCUGAUUUGUUAUCAACCAAGAUACUUCAAGAGGCAGACAGAUGGAUACCGAAGCCUAGUUUUAAUAAUUAUUAUUGAAACUUGAAUAAUUUUAUUGCUUAUUUUUUUGGGUAGAAAAAAGUUCAGGGAGAUCGGCGAUUGUUUUCAUUUUAAGGUCUUUCACAAGCCUCACAGUUUACACAAACUAGUUGAGGCAGCUUUCAUUUUACUCCGAGGAGUAUUGGAAACGAUUAUUUACAGUUUAUUUAGACUUAUUUUGAGAUGUAAUACACAUACAGAAAUUCAUACAACAUUUAUAUAACAUCAUUUUUUUUAUCUA